UACACGGAGGACGGAAUAGCACUUCCGACUGACUUUCUUGCAUUGUCCUGGUAGUCAGAUGUGGCGCUAGCUAAAGUACGGAACAUGACUCGGGCCAGAUAAGUCCCACGGGAUACGUUAUCUGUUUUCUCAUGCGGUUGCUUCUUACUAUGCGGAUAUCCCACCUCUCAAACUCGGAAUACUUUCCAUGUUGGAACGACCGCCAUACCAGCCCAAAAUGAGUGAGUUUCGGCGCAACGCUUUUAGAAGAAAAAAGUCAUCUUUCAUGACAUCAUCAUCAUCGGAGGAGCAACCUGAAGAAUGUGAAGAGAGGGCAGCAAGGUCCAGCUGCUUCACCUCUAAGAAGUCUGAGGAGGAACCGUGUGUUGCGGUGAAGAUUGCUCAUACCCAAGCGGUGGGCAGUGAGAGUGUUGGUCAGGAGAGCAGCAGCAGGAAGAGCAGCACCAGCAGCAGUGAUCAGAGUCAGGGGUUCAAUGGACGCAGGUCCGGCUACCGGCCUCUUCUCAAGCCCAAACCACAAGUGCCUCCUAAGCCAGUCCAUCUGCAGAGUCCGGUGACGACUCCCACACACCCCCUGAACCGGACCCCACUAGCCAGAUCUCAGAUGGAGGACCGAGGAGGAGGAGCAGGAGGAGGAGCAGGAGGAGGAGCAGGAGGAGGAGCAGGAGGUGCAGCAGGGAGAGGGCGAGCAGCAGGAAAUGGGACAGGAGUUGGAGCAGGAGGGGCAGGUGCAAAGGGCAGAGUGCUGGACCUCAUCAGCCGCUUCGAGGAGGGCAGUAACACAGACGGUAAUAAUAAGGUGAGCCCCAGUGGCUCCCCCCUCAAGCAGAUCAGCCGGUCGGCCAACUGCAGCCCGCUGCACAAGGGGACCGGACCUCCUGCUCUGCCCAAGGAAGGGGGCUCAGUGCCGGUCACGCCGUUUCGCAAUGCCCCCAAGCCCCCCAAAGCUGCCGCCAACGGUCUGCCAGCGCGCAUGGACGGCGGGGGUGCACACGCAGCUGUCAUGGUGAACGGAGACGCCGGGGACGACAACCAGGAGACGGACGGGAGCGUCCCGGACACACUCGCCGCACACGAGGCAGAGGAGCAGAGAGGAGCGAGGGAGGAAGAGGAGCAGCAGGAGGAGGAGGAGAAGGAGGGAGCGAGGGACCAAAGCGACGAAGGAGAGCAGCAACAUGAAACCAGCGACAUCACAACCAUGGAUAGAAAGGAGACCAAUGAGGAGAAGCUGUUUAAGAUAGCCAAUGAGCUGCUCCAGACGGAGAGGGCAUAUGUGGCACGGCUCAACCUACUGGACCAGGUGUUCUGCACUAAGCUAAUGGAGGAGGCCAAUAAGGGCACGUUCCCUGCGGAUGUGGUCAAGGGCAUCUUUUCCAACAUCUCCUCCAUAAACACGUUCCACAGCCAGUUUCUGCUGCCCGAUCUGGAGAAACGGAUGGGGGAAUGGGAGUCAACGCCACGGCUGGGUGACAUCCUGCAGAAGCUGACUCCCUUCCUGAAGAUGUACGCCGAGUACGUCCGCAACUUUGACAAGGCCAUGGAGCUGCUCAAACAGUGGACGGAACGCUCGCCACAGUUCAAAGCCAUCAUAGUCGACAUUCAGAGUCAGGAGGUGUGUGGGAAUCUGACCCUCCAGCAUCACAUGCUAGAGCCAGUCCAAAGGGUCCCGCGUUACGAGAUGCUGCUCAAGGACUACCUGAAGAAGCUUCCAGAAGCUGACCCCGACCGCCCAGACGCACAGAAGUCCUUGGACACUAUUGGCAUGGCGGCCACACACUCCAACAGUGCCAUCCGCAAAUCAGAUAACCUGAAGAAGCUGCUUGAGAUCUACGAGAUGCUGGGUGAGGAGGAGGACAUCGUUAACGCAUCUAAUGAGUUCAUUAAGGAGGGACACCUCCUCAAACUGGCUGCACGCAACACCUCUGCCAUGGACAGAUACCUCUACCUGUUCAACAACUUCCUCCUGUACUGCGUGCCCAAGUUCAGCCUGGUGGGCCAGAAGUUCACGGUGCGCACGCGGAUCGGCAUCGACGGCAUGAAGGUGGUGGAGACCACCAACGAGGACUACCCCCACACCUUCCAGGUGUCCGGCAAAGAGCGCACGCUCGAGCUGCAGGCCAGCUCUGAGCAGGACAAGGAGGACUGGAUCAAGGCAUUCCAGGAAACGAUCGCUAUUUUCCAACAGAAGAAUGAGACGUUUAAAACAGCAUCUAAGGACAUUGAGGAAGUGUCGACGGCUGAGUUGGGGAAGCGUGCCCCUCGCUGGAUCAGGGAUAAUGAGGUGACCAUGUGUAUGAAGUGCAGAGAGCCGUUCAACGCUCUGACACGGCGGCGACACCACUGCAGAGCCUGUGGCUACGUGGUCUGCUGGAAAUGUUCGGAGUACAAGGCGGCUCUGGAGUACGACGCAAACAAGAUGAACAAGGUGUGCAAGGACUGCUAUUCCAUCCUCUCCGGCCACUCAGAGGAGAAAGAGGGGAAGAAGAAGGGCAUCCUAGAGAUUGAGGCAGCGCAGUUCUCGGGCAGCAGUAUUAUGUGUGGCUUCCUGCAGUACUGUGAGAAGAACAAGCCCUGGCAGAAGGUGUGGUGCGUCAUCCCAGAGAAAGAGGCGCUGGUGCUCUACCUGUAUGGAGCACCACAGGAUGUGAAGGCCCAGUCCACCAUCCCUCUGCUGGGGUACACCGUAGAGGACAACCCCAAGGCCGCCGACGCCCCUGCCAGUUUCCGUCUGUCCCAGUCCAAGUCGCUCCACUGCUUCUUUGCCGAGAACGAGGAGGUCAAGCAACGCUGGCUCAGGGUCAUCCGCGUCGCCGUGACGGGGGAGGUGCCCGAGUCGCCGCCGCCGCCGCCCCACGGAGAAGCCCCGCCUCAAUCCACUGACUCUGCCAAUCAGACGCAGCCCAAUUCAGACAGCCUUUGAGGGAACUUUACACACCUAUGGAGAUGCUCGUAGGAGGCCAUCUUGGAACUCUCACAGCAGAGCAUUUGCAUCUGUGUGUAUAUAAACUGUAUGUGUGUGUGUGUGUGUGUGUGUGUGUGUGUGUGUGUGUGUGUGUGUGUGCGCGCACAAACUCAAACAUUGGCUGGAUUCAUAUAUAACUGCGCACACACACACACACACAUGCAGAGACACACAAUGAGCUUUGAAGUUUCCCGUAAAUUAGAAGUUCGAUCUGGUGAACUGGGUCCAGCCACAAAACACUAGAGGACUCGGCACACCACCACACAGCUGUCCGUUCAAGGCCCGUCUCUUUCUCUCUGCUUCUGGAAGGAUCCGUGCUUUCCAUACCACCCGCUCCCUCGCUCCUUGACAUCGCCAUGACCUUUGAACUCCAACCGCAUACACACGAGUGGAUUAUUGGAUUGCUUAUCAGUGCGAGUGUGUGUCGAUGCACUGGUUCCUCAUGCAGUGUACGAGUGGAGCGGGUCAGUGUGGUGACCAAGAGCUCCAACAGAAAGAGAGAGAGACGUAUGGAAAAGAGACGUUCUGUUAAGCUGUCUCCCUUGCCGUGCUAAGUGCCAAACUAGCCCCUGCUGUUUCUCUCGGAGUCCAACUGAAUCCCAAUUGUGAAAGACACUCCAGUCCACGCGGUCCAGCUGUCUGUAGUGAAUAGCCCCCCCUGCCCCGUUACUGAAGAGUUUCCUGAGAAGCUUCAAACUCCUACCAGCAUAGCAAAAGGACAGCAUGUCUCUCACCGUCUAUGAGGACUUCAAAAGUGGCAUCAACAACAGUGUAACCAAAAUCCCUUCAACCAGGGGACUAGUGGGGCUGUAAUCCCUACUCUAAAAUCCCCCUCCCUUGUCAUAUAAAUCACCGGACCUUCUUUAGAAAGGUGUGUGUGUGCGGGAGGGAGGGGGUCUGAUGGGAAGUCAGCCAUGUGGGGAAGUGUUACUCACACACACACACACAUGCUGCGGAUGUGCCUCCCUUGAGGACAAUGGACUAGCCUAGCGUCAGGAAAAUGAUGUGACUGUUUUUGUACCUGCGCCUCCGAAUGGCCAAUGUUCGAAUGUGAGAUUUCCUUGCGGAGGUUGUCCUCCUCCCAAGAUGGCCACAGGCUCGGGAAUGGGGCGCCUCAGAUCAGGGCCAUCUGGGUCCGGUUCAGUCCAGAGCCUUGCGCCCACUCUUGCCAGCUGUAUGAUAUUCAGUAUUGCAGAAGAUGAUGUGUGUGGGGAUGUGUUUGUGAUUGUGAGUGAGAAACUUCCUGUAAAUGUCUAUCAUAUGUGUAUACAGAGCACGUUUCUACUGACCAUCCUUUUUAUAGGCAACUGACGCCCCCCCCUCCUAAAACUGGGGUUACAGUACUGCUGAGGACACUUCCUGUGUUAUUAAAUAGGACUUCCUGUCGGCAGUCAGCACAAUCAGACACACACAGGCUCGGUGGUGUGGAGAGAAAUGUACUCUUUUUUUUAAGUAUUGUAAUUAAUGUAUUAUUUAAGAUAAUUUAUAGAGGUAUAUUGUGCAUGGUUUUAAAGAGAGAGUAGCACAAAAAUGUUUUAAAAAAAGCAACAAACCUUUCUUUCAUCUGUUAUGACUCCAUCCUUUUAUUUCUGAUUUCCCCUGAAGUUAUUUUUAGACUAUAUAGGCUUACAUCCGCAGACUGAUGAACAUAAUGUCUUCCAUUGUGACACGUAAAUGAAUUUCCCCUCCUACGAGUUCUCUUUGUUCGGCCUAAGACAUUUCUGUGAUGUGAUGUGAUAGAGUUGUGGAAUGGGGAAACAGACCCAACCAACAACAUCCCAGACCUGAACUGUGUCCCAAAACUUCCACAGGCCACAGAUUCAGGUAAGGGGAGGGCAUGUGAUGAGAACAGUAGCUUCUGAGUCAGCAGAUACCAGCAGGAAGCAACGAGAACAGACAUUGCUUACGUUCGUUCGCUUUUGACAUCCAUUGGAGACUCUUCUGGAGACAUAUUUAGGGCAAGUGCUCCAAAAACAGUCCAUGUUUUCUCUGAAAGCGUCGUUGGAUUUUAUUUUAAUGGACCGUUGCAGAGAAGGCUAUUAAGUUUAUUGGGUCAUUGCGAAGAAACGGAAUGAAGAGCACAUGCUCCAAAUAAGUCUUUAAUCCCAGACAGCAGUGCUUCUGAAUGAAAUGCCUCGAUCAAGUCAUCUGCAAUCUGGGCAAAGAGAAAUUAAAUACAUAAUCCUGCGAUUUAAUUUAACGUCCCCACAAUUUUCUGCCCGCUGACCAAUCUUUUGCACACAGGCUUCACCUCACUUCAUCUUUGUCUGUCUGUCUGUCUGUCCGCUUGUCCUGUCAGGGGUGCAGAAACGCAAUCGUUCAAAUGUGAAUGUAUCCCAACAGGCCCCUUAAAGCAUUGCACGCGGCCCCACUGAUACAGUGGUCAGUCGGCUCUCAGACUGAAGUUGCAUCUGGAUACAAACCAGGCGGUGGUUCUAUUGGAGUCGGAUCAGAGCCCCGACUGCAUUCCAGAAUGUAGAGCAGCAGACAGCCGCACGAAGCGCACCGUCGAUGUCAAAGCUUAAGGAUAUCUACCCUAGCCAUUAAUGACGGUGUGCCGUCGGUGUUAAGCAGCUAGCUAUGGCAUUGACAGCACGAUGUCAGCAUACGAGACAGGCUGUAAAGCGUUGAUGACAAUGCACUCCAAAACAUCAGGGUCCUACCCCAUAGCAUCGCUGACUGCACAUUGUGAGCCUACAGCUGUCUUCACGGCGCAGUGCGCCCCCUGGUGAUGACCUGGGACUGCACAGCUGUCAACGUAACUCAAUGACUUUGGCUUCUGUUCCACCCGACUUCUGACAAAAGUUGACAACAAUGAAAAAAAGAAAUCAAUGCACUUUACCCUCCUUUAUAAAAGUGUACCUUGUAAAGAAAUAAAAACAAGAUUCAAGUAUUAUUCCA